UCCGUGUAAAACUGUGUGUUUUUUUUUGGUUUGUUUUUUGUUUUUGCUGUGACAGGUAUUUUUUAUUGUUGGCGACCAUGAGGUUUUCCGUGCUGAUCUUCGCUGGACUCGUCAUCGUCACUACUAGUGAAGUUUUAGGCGUUCCCAUCUCUGUCCUGAACAAUGAGAUAAUUGACAGCUUAGAGGAGGAUGACAGCUCGCCAGUUUUAGAGGACGAUAUUACCACCAGAGGGCUGGCGAGGUUAAGUUCCGCGGCCACUUGUUUGGUCGCAGGGGUGGAAUAUACCCAUGGACAACAGAUAUACCGGGCGGACCAGUGCGAAUUCUGCUUAUGCUUGGACGGCGAAAUGUUCUGCUGGUGGCAGGACUGCCCGCCCACCAUGGAAGGCCCUUGCAAGAACCAAGGACCGUUUUCUCCAUGCACUUCCGUACCUGUAGCACCUACUACGUCGUCUUCUAAAACGUCUUCGACAUCCCCGUCAAUUAUCAAACCGGUGUCGUCGGCAAACGGGUUUAAGUCUACCAAGUCAGAGCCUUCCGUUACCACUGGGGUGCCAGUGGGUGAAGAGGAGUCUACGAGUCUACAAGAGGAGUCUACGGCGUAUACUGAGGAUGAUGAAGAAGAGGAGGAUACGUCUGAGAGUGACCGCAAUAGUACUGAGUUGAGCGGCAGUACUGAGGGCCCUAAGAGUUGUGUAGUUAUGGGUCAAGAGUACCAAGAGGGCGACAACCUACCACACAGCACCGGCAACUGCUUGGAGUGCGUCUGCGCCCAGGGCGGGAAAAUCACCUGCUCUCCCCACCAAUGCGUUCCAGCAGGAGACGAGAUCACUGACUACCACCAGCAGGGGGCGCCACAAGGAAACGACGUAUUUUAAAA